AGUGCACGCGGCGUCCUCUCCGUCCACGUGUGCCUGCGUAUGUGAGCGCACUGCGAAAACGCUCUUGACAAGAAUGUGUCUGUGUAUCUUCGCCUCCGGUCUUUCCAGCGAAGCGUCGGCCGUGCUCCACAUCGACGCAGAUCCCGUAGGCGACAGGGCUGUGAGCCUCCCAAGGUGACCGUCCAGACCCCUACCAGAACUUCACCCGGCAUCUUCAUUCAGCUGUGAAACCGACCCCGUAGGCGACAGGGCUGUGAGCCUCCCUAUGUGACCGUCCAGACCCCUACCUGAACUUCACCCGGCAUCUCCAUUCAGCUGUGAAACCGAAGCAGUCAUGGUUACGUUGUGGCCUCUGCUUUUGACAAUAGGAUUCUUUGAGCAUCUUUACAAUGCAAAUGCAAUUCGGUUGGAUGAAACAGACGGGGGCUAUAUGGACUUGUUAGUCGGUAUCCACCCCGACGUACCUCCGAACGAAACCCUGGUCGAAAACUUGAAGGUGUUGCUGAGAUCGUCGUCGAUCUUUCUUCAUAAUGCUACUUUUGGGCGGGUCUUCUUCAAGCAAGUCUUUGUGCAGUUUCCAAAAACAUGGCCACAACGCAAAAAUGCCCGAAGCGCGCCGAAUUGUUGCUUCUCAAAGAAUGACGUACGUGUUCAAGUCAUGAAAGCAGAUCAAGGGGACCCCUUCAGCACAACACAAAUACGGGGCUGCGGGGAGCCAGGAGACUUCAUUCAACUGUCGUCUCAUGUACUCAAGGAGCUAAACAAGCAAGAGUCUGCAGUGGCAACGUACGCCUUUGUGAAUCAGUGGGCGCAGUAUCGUUAUGGCGUCUUUUAUGAGCAUGGGCGCCAGGGACACCCAAAGUACCCAAUCCUGUACUGCCGAGAUGCUUAUAAGACAACAGUCCUCAAGAACACAUGCUCCGACAAGCUGAUGGUGUCCUUUCAUGAGGAAAGUUUGGAAGGUGGAUGCCACAUCGACCACGAAUGUCAUCUUACUGAAAGGUGCCAGGUGGAGGUCCAUCAGUCAGGCACAGCUGUUUCAAAAUCUUCGAUCAUGUUCGGAGUUCGUGUCCCUAAAGUAACUCAUUUUUGUGACUCGGAAGCGGGAGAGCUUCAACACAACUCCUUCGCACCGAACAUGCAGAACGACAUGUGCAAGGGCGCGUCCACCUGGGAUGUCAUCAUGCGGCACAAAGACUUCAGGCGGCUGCCUGCUCCAGAUAUGUCGAAGCCGAUCCAGGUGGACAUCAUAGAACUCCAGCAAAAACCAAGCGAGGUCCGACGAGCUGUUCUUGCUUUAGACGUAUCCGGCAGCAUGAGUGACCACAUGCGACUGGAAACAAUGAAGGGUGCUGUUGAUGCCUUCCUCUUGUGCUUACUCCCUGACACUGUCCAUCUGGCUAUUGUCAGUUUCAGCGAAAACGCACAUGUAGAGCAUUCCAUGGAGCCUGUCAACAUGGGAACUCUCGAAGGAUUUCGAGAUGCUGUGAAGAAGAUGCAGACGAGAUCAGCGACGUGUAUCGGCUGUGCUCUGAGAAAGGCCUGUCAGUUGCUGGGUUCUUCAAAGCACAAUCCAGUAGGUGGAACUAUUCUGCUUUUCACCGACGGCGGGGAGAAUGUGGAGCCCAAAAUUGACAAGGUCCUACCGGAACUGUUAGAGGCAAGGGUGGAAGUUCUGGCUAUGGCGAUGGGAAGCGAAGCGGAGGACAAGCUGGAUCAACUUGCUGAACAAACAAAAGGGAGAUCCUUCCUUUUUCCAGACCGUCACGGGAACACAUCUACGGACUACAUCGCAGCCAUCACUAGCCGCAGUCGGUCGCUCGACAACAACAAGUGCUUCCAGGACUACGGAUACAGCGCGAGUACCGGCAUGCACAAGACUCUUGGGGAUUCCAUGAGGACUGACCACGACGCUGGUCCAAUAGAUGUAACGGCCCAAGUGAAAAUCUUCACGGGAACUCUCGAAGAAAACUUCAUUAUUGACGAUGACCUGGGUAACAACACAAUCAUCACCGUGACCCAAGUCUCCACUGAAAACUCCUCACUGGUGGUGUUCCUCGUUGACCCCACAGGAAAGAGGUGUCGAAACUGUCGAGAGGUUAUAAGCUACCAACGAAAAAUUAUUACCAUUCCCAGUCCCGCCACGGCGGGCACAUGGAAGGUUCAAGUGGAGAGCACAAGCAAGAACCAAGUCGUGGUCUCCAUCCUUGUCACGUCCCAAGCCAGAAGCCUGACCAAGAAACCGAUAGUGGCUUCGUGCGAAGUGUUGAAAGUGGAGGUUUCUAACCCGAAAGACUUGGUCAUACUGGUUAAUGUUAAGAAAGGGGAGCGUGUUGUCAUCGAUGCAAACGUAACGGCACUGGUCAUCAACGAGAAUGGGCUUGCGUGCCCUGUCCGACUGCUUGACGAUGGCAAGGAUCCGGAUAUCUGGGGAAACGACGGGACAUACAGCGGCUAUUUUGUGGAGCUCAGUGGAAAAGGUCGUUACUCGGUGACGGCUUAUGUUCAUGGUGACGGCAAGGCAAGACAUGCGGACCGAGUAAAAGGCUUCCCCACGGACAUGCGUGCGGGAGGGAAACCACGGAAAGGGUGGACUGUUGUAGCAGGUCCGACACGUAGAAAGCCCGUCAAGCAGUCCGUAAAGCCGACGCCGACCAAAUACGACUCUCUCCUAAAGGACAUCCAGCCAGUGGCGCCGUUCCAAAGAGUGACGGCCAGUGCUUUAUUCAAGGUCACGGAAAACUUGAAGCUUGCUGAUGUUCCGCCGGGGGAAAUCAAAGACCUUCGGGUUGUCACAGGGAACAUAGAGCCUGAUGGAACACCAACUGUGACACUUACCUGGACGUGGCCCGGAGCCCACAUGAAACAAGGAACAGCUUCGGCCGUAGAGAUCCGAGGAGGCAGAGACUUCGACGCGGUUCGAUCAAGCUUCGAUAGCCAAGAGGAGAUAUCCAAAGUGAUGAAAGGCACCCUGACCCCCCUUUCUGCUGGUUCUGAACACGCGGUGACUCUUGCUCUUCCCCACCAGUGGGUGGUUACGUCAAGUAAUGGCACCGGCUCCAACCUCACCGCGUACGUGGCAGCGCAGGUGAUUAAUGAGGAUGGCCUCAAGUCUGAAACGUCAAGGGUUAUUGAGAUACUGCUCAUAAAGCCAAGCAGUUUGGAAGAGUCACCUUCACCGGGAAGGCCUCCCAAACAGGGAACGACGCCGGCAAAGGCUGAAACCCCCUUUGAUGACGGAACAAUACCUACUCCGGAGGCGGAUGGGGACAGCAGAGAACACAGCAUGUCCAUUCUGAUGUGGAUCUCAUUGGGGAUUGUAGGAGCGGCCGUGGUUAUUACCAUCGUCGCCUUUCUCCUGCUCAAGAACAAGGCGCACAUCCCUGACGAGAACGAGAUCCUGGCCAAUAAGGGGGACAACACCAUGGCGCCAAGCUGAAGAUCCGCGUAUCUUGGCCUUGUCACAAAUAAACUAUCAGGCACAGCUGGCGAUGCCAGUCAAAAUUUUAACCACUGGA